CAUUUAGUUUACCAUCCCAGAAGGCUGCAAGGAGGUUUGACUGCGGCGGGAAAUAACCCCUACGUCAUAGCUAGGUCUGUCAAUUUUGGGUGGUUGUCAGCUGACACUUAAGAGGGAGCUAUAUCGUCAGUUUUCAAACAGAACACAAUGGCUGAUGAUUGGGACGGUGGAAAUACGACCGCACCCUCCCAAGGCUUCGGAGCUGGGAGGGGCUUUGGAAGAGGCGGUUUUGGAGUGUCGAAUGGAACAGAUGCAACGAAGAAAGUGUUUGGAUUCCGUGGCCGAGGAGGCUUAGCUAAAGAAACUGAUAACAGUUCUGGUGACAGCUCGAGUAGACCUGGUGGAUUCACAUCUAGGAAUGGAGACAGUCAGAAUGGGUUUGGUUCUAGAGGGGGUUUCGGAAGCCGAGGGGGUUUCGGAGGUUCUAGGGCCACAUCAGAUAAUGAUGGAGGAUGGGGGGAUUCGGGGAGCUCGGACUCGAAACCAAGUCGCGGUGGUUUUGGUGGUGGUCGAGGUGGCUUUGGAAGCAGGCCACAGGUAAAUGGACAGAGUAAUGAUGACAACAGUUGGGGAGAUUCGAAGCCAAGUAGAGGAGGAUUUGGCAGUAGAGGAGGAUCAAGAGGUGGAGGAUUUGGAAGCAGGGGAGGUUUCGGGUCAAGUGAUAAUGACGACGCUCCAAGGGGCGGAGGUUUUGGUGGCCGUGGGGGCAGUAGCAGCGGCAGCGGGUGUUUUAAGUGUGGGGAGGAGGGGCACAUGUCCCGAGAAUGUCCUAAUGCUGGCAGCUCUGGAGGGAGAGGUGGAAGCCGUGCCUGUUUCAAGUGUGGCGAGGAAGGCCACAUGUCCAGAGAGUGUCCCAGUGGAGGAGGUGGCGGUGGAAGCCGUGCCUGUUUUAAGUGUGGUGAGGAAGGCCACAUGUCCAGAGAGUGUCCCAGUGGAGGUGGAGGAGGUGGAGGUGGAAGCCGUGCCUGUUUCAAGUGUGGUGAGGAAGGCCACAUGUCCAGAGAGUGUCCCAGUGGAGGAGGAGGUGGUGGCGGUGGUGGUAAGAAGGGCUGUUUUAAGUGCGGAGAGGAUGGUCACAUGGCAAGAGAAUGUCCUAAUGCAGACAGCUCUGGCAAAGACGAUCGUCCACCUCCAUACAUUCCUCCUGCACUGACAGAGAAUGAAGAUGAGAUCUUCCAGUCCAUAGAGAAGGGCAUUAACUUUGACAAAUACGACAAUAUCACUGUGGAAGUGAGUGGGAGAGACCCUGUUGGUUUCAUCAGCGGUUUUGAUGAAGCUGGUCUGUAUCCCACGUUUUUGAAGAAUGUUCGAAAGGCGAAGUAUGAGAAACCAACCCCUGUUCAGAAGUAUUCUAUUCCUAUUAUUGCAGCUGGUCGUGACCUGAUGGCCUGUGCCCAGACAGGAUCAGGCAAAACGGCUGCAUUCUUGUUGCCAACAUUAACCUGUAUGGUCAAGGAGGGAUUGACCACUAGUCAGUUCUCAGAGGUACAAGAGCCUCAAGCCAUCAUUGUGGCCCCCACCAGGGAGCUGGUGGUACAGAUCCACUCUGAUGCUCGCAAGUUCUCUUGGGGGACGGAGGUUCGCCCCGUGGUAGUGUAUGGGGGAACGUCUGUUGGGCAUCAGCUGAGGGAGGUGGAGAGAGGGGCACACAUUGUGGUGGGGACUCCCGGGAGACUGCUGGAUUUCAUCGAGAAGGGCAAGAUUGGUCUGGGUAAGGUGAAGUUCCUCAUUCUGGACGAGGCAGACCGAAUGUUGGACAUGGGCUUUGAGCCGUGUAUACGCAAGUUAGUAGAGCAGCUGGGAAUGCCCCCUAAGACCCAGAGACAGACACUAAUGUUCAGUGCUACAUUUCCCACGGAGAUACAGAAACUAGCAGCUGAUUUUCUGAAUGAUUACUUGUUCCUGACAGUGGGACGUGUGGGUGGGGCCAACACAGAUGUAGAACAAAACUUCUUUGAGGUUGACAGACUACAGAAAAGGGAGAAACUUUGUUCCAUCCUCACAGAAUCUGGUUCAGACAAGACCCUGGUGUUUGUGGAACAGAAGAGGAAUGCAGAUUUCUUAGCUAGUUAUCUGAGUCAGUCUGGCUUCCCCACCACAAGUAUCCAUGGUGAUCGUCUGCAGAGGGAGAGAGAGGAAGCCUUGAGGGAUUUCAAGAAAGGAACCGCACCUAUUCUGAUUGCCACAUCUGUGGCUGCUAGAGGGUUGGAUAUUCCAGAAGUGAAGCAUGUAGUCAACUAUGACCUGCCCUCAUCCAUUGAUGAAUAUGUUCAUCGUAUUGGCAGGACAGGUCGCUGUGGCAACUUGGGGAAAGCAACAAGUUUCUACUCCCAUGACUCUGACAGUGCCUUAGUGAAGAGUUUGGUUCGAAUUCUAACAGAAGCUCACCAGAUAGUGCCUGAGUGGUUGUCAGACUACUCCCUGACCAGUGAUGGAGUGAUUGACAGUGCUGUCCACGGCUUGUCAAGUCAGUAUGGUGGAAAGGAUAUCAGAAGGGGGAAGUUCAAUUCUGGAGGUGGAGGUGGUGGCGGAAAAUCAGGCAAUGCCUGGGAGAACAGCUGGAGUGGUGGCGGGGGCGGUGGAUCUUCUGCUGCUGCUGCAGAUGCUGACGAGGAAGAGUGGGACUAAAUCUUUCCUGAACAUCUAGUUCUUGGAGCACCAAAAAGACAUUCGGUUCAAUUUAUUUGGUAAUAUUUUACAAGGACUUCAUUGUUGCUGUUGCUUUUCGUACUUCAUUCUGACAAAUUUUCGAAGCCUUUUGUGAAAGCUGGAAGGCUAUGUUGACUAUGGAUAUCCCUCAUCAUUUGAUGCAUCAGCAGAUCUUUGAUGCAUUGUGUGAAUGUGACAGUGUUGCAGCUGCCGUGUUAGACUGUGAUGACAAUCGGAGAAAUUAGGACACGAGAUGGAUAUCAGUUUACGAAAGACUUACUAUUUCUGUUUCAUUUCACUGCAAGAUUGCAAAACACAUGUAUUAUUUGGUAAAGUGCUCAAACUUACAAGAGUAGGCAGAUCAGUUAGCUGUGUAAAGGCCAUACAAUCUGAGAGUUUUCCUAAGACACACUGGAGUCGAUCCAUCCCUGGCAAACUCCUCCGAAUACAUGGGCAUUAUAUUCCUGAUAUUAAGCAUGGAUAUAUCAAUAGGUCUCAAGAUUGGUAGCUAUACAGUAUGGUCUGGGCCACUUUGUAGGGAUGGAGGAAGUUUGCAGGGAUGGAUUUGUUGCUGCUUAGGGGUUUCUAUUGUGGUGUCCACUUUAGAGACUCUUGACAGCCAAGAGCUCAAUGUACAGAGAACGGGCAUGUGUAUUUAAACUUGAAGUGAACUCGUAACAGAAUAUUGAGUGCAGUACUGUGUUGAAACCCGAGGUGACAGGUUGACUCGUGUAAACAUGGGUUGUCAUACAUUAAUCCGUCCUUUACUGGAAACAUUCCAUGGUUGAAGUGGACACAAAGAAUUAAUCAAAACAUCGUGUGCAAGCUAGUCAUACGGGUAAAAGAUUUAACUUUGCUCAAUAGCUAUCACUGCCCAGUCCUAAGGGUGCAAGUACUGCUUCCAGUACCUGGUACCCCUGUACUAGCUCUGAAUGUGUAUAGUGGAGUUGAUAGCAGAUUCCAAGUGAAAUCUCAUGUGCCAAUAGCUAUUGUGAUGCCAAAUCUUUAAAAGUUUGUAUACAAAAAAAAGUUUUUAGUAUAAUUUUUGAUGUACGGUGCUGUAAUAUUGUUUUCAUUAUGGUUACUUUUAAUAAAUGUUUUGUAAUUAAA